CGAUCCUUGAACUUGACGGCAUUUUGCUCCAAGCUCGAGGUUGACCAUGUUCUUGGCUUCACGCACACUCGCGUGCAUGCAUGCAUGCUGCAUGCAUGUGACUGCCGACUGCAGCAGGCCACAUAUCCCCGGCGAGAGGCUCCAUCUUUUUCCGUGCGCAGCGCCGCGGUCACCUCCGGUCGGGGCACACACACUUGUCUGCCCCAGGUGCGCUGCUCCCGACUGGAGUCGGACUGGGCGCUCCAGUCGCGACUCCAGUCGUCUUCUACAUGCGUAAUUACACAACUCUUGUCGAUUCCGCCACUUGCGUCCACCAACACCAGCAUACGUAAGUAGGCCAUCCAUUGUCCAUUGAUCACUGUCCUAUGUAGAUGGGUAGUUAUUGUUGGGUGAUGUUUCUUUCCCCUCACACCCAAUGGUGAUAGAGAGAGUAUUGAUGAAUAAGAACGCCCGACUCUCAUCCAGCGACUCCAGCCAGCUGCCAGACCCCACACCCUCUCAAGUGUCGACCAGCUCCAAGCCUCCAACAAGCCUCCAAUGUCCAACCUCUGUCCGCGUCAAGCCUCCAACAAGUCCUGUCCCUCCUGCAAGGCACCGUCCCAAUGACAGUCUCCGUGUUCCCCCACCCAGGCCACUGGUACCUCACUCGAGCAGGGGGCGGUCCCUCGUUGUUAUUAGCCUCCCCCCGUUUGACAAGAUAUCUUCCAGUCAAUUAGAUGCUUCGCUCUCAGAUGACUGCCGUCCCUUCUCCCACCGCCCCCAGCUCUACGGCAAUGUAUUGUUCAAUUCCCAUGUUCCCAGGUCCUUGCGACGCCUGUGCACCCCGGUGCUUUCGGGUACCGAUGCUGCUGUUCUCGCUGAUGCCGCUAUGAUCCCAUGCGGUGCUGGGAACCUAAGCCAUGCAGCCUAUUCGUUGGGCUCGCGACCGACCAUGCAACCCAGCCUGCAAGUAGAUUCCCUUCUGGCAUCGCCUGAUAGUCACGAUUGUGUAUUGUUUCAUGUUGAUGACAUUGCCGCAAGCUUUUUGCUCUGGUGGAUGGAUUGUCGCUGGCAACAAGAGGAGAGGAGCUUUGCCUCACGCCUAGGUCAUCAUCGCAGCUUCGUAGUAGACCCGUCGAUCGCCAUCUUAUUAGCUUGGAAGAAUUUGCGGUGGAAAUAAUUUAUCUAGUGCCUGAUGCUCUGUGUCUGUCGUCGGUGUCUUUCGCAGGAUGAUGAUAGGAGCAAAAGCGGCGGGAAGGGUUGUAAAUGCCGAUGAAGCCCGUGCGGACGCUGAGAUGCCGCGCAGCUGUCACUCCCGGAUAUAGUAGAGCCCGUGGAGAUCAUGGGUAAUUAGGAAUCGAAAUGGAACUCGUGUCGUGGAUGUGUCGACGACUGUUAUCGAGCACACC